AUGUCGGUUCCCAACCUCAUAACAUGCGAAGUCGACGGCAUCCAAUAUCUUCUUCACCCUCAAAUCCUGGCAAGCCCCCCCCCCCUCCUGCUCAUCUCUACCUCUAUAGACCUCUGGAUACACCAGAUCAUCGGUACCAAUACUAACACUUACCUUAUUACAUCACAGGGAAGCACAGAAGCGCCCAUCAAAGCCGACCAAGUGAUUCCCGUGCUCCUCCUCACCGAAGAAGAGCUCAACGGCUCCCCAGACCAAAUCGGCCAGCUUCUCCAGUACUACGUCGACACAGACGAUGUGUGCUCGUCUAGCUUCACUGAUAUCUUGGUUGAGAAGCCAUCAACAAAGCAGAGCAGCAGCGGCAGUCCAUUUCUUCCAAAUAGGAGGGACUGUACGCCUUGUUCGCGUCGUGCAACCUACCGCCUACGCAACGUUGCUGGCAGAACGUCGUUUACCAGAAACAGGCCCGAAUAUGAAACCGAAGGUGACCCCGAACAUGAUGAAGAUGACAAGAACGAUAACGAAAACCCCCUCCCCUCAGGCCCUUACUUCCUAAGUGGUCCCAACCUCCACCGCGCCUACCGCCUGUACCCAGACACCCAAGACGCUUUUGUCUACGGCAUGAUUCCCAAUGACGUCUACAACCCCUCCUCCUCUGGGUUUAAGUCCGUCUCGUUUUUGGCUCAAGAUAGCAUGUCCAAGACGAUCCCCGUUCCUUCCAGGCAUUAUACCCGCUUCACCGCCCUCGCAUCCCAGUCACACAGCGAAAAGAAACAAAAGAACCAAAACAACCAACCAAGUUCGAUAAGAGGAAAGCGAAUAACCCUAACCGACGGCCUCCAAGUUGCCGGUACACAAACGACCCUUUCUUGCAAAGCCUAUGUCAACACUUAUCCUGUCUCUACGGAAACGGAUGCUUACGUCCAGAGACUACUGGAAGAGGGCGCGGUGUUGGUUGGGAAAGCAAAGACGAGUCAGUUGAGAAUUGCGAAUUCAUUGUGGCCGGAUACGCAUUUCCCUGCUAAUCCGAGGAGUGCGAGGAGGAGGAGUAAUGGUUUGGGGAGUGGAAGUGGAAGUGGAAGAGGAACGGGUUCGGGAACGGGAACGGGAACGGGAACGGGAACGGGAACGGGACCGGGUUCAGCGUCUGCGGUUGCUGGGUAUGAGUGGUUGGAGGGUUCUAUUGGUGGGGAUGUGGACAGCGCUGUGAGAGAAUCGGGGGAGAGGUAUGGGCUUUAUGGGUUGCGGCGGUCGUUGACUGCGGAAGACUCUGACAAGGACAACAUGAAGUCGACAUCGGGACCGGAACUGAAUGGAGGACACGUGGGUAUUUUUGGGAGGAGCUUACAUGAGCUGUCUCUUUUGGCCGAGUGUGCCUUUCCUCUUCCUCUUGGUGGUUCAACGAAGGACGACCCAAGCCGCAACAACGCUGUUAAGAGAAUCGUUUAUCUUGACUACGCCAAGGAUGAAAAGCUGGAACAUGCAAUGGAUGCUUUCAUCAAUACACUCGAACGAUAUUUGCAGGUGGAAAGGACGACUGUCAUCAAGCUGGAUGAAGAGUGGAAGAAGUACAGGGUGAAAAGGGGGUUGGAGUUUUCUCUUGGUGAGACCUCACGACUUCUCUACGACCUAAACCACUAUCACGAAUACGCCGACUUCAGAAAGGAUUACCAGGAAAAGUUCCACUCCAGCCGCGGGCUCGCUGAUCUUGAGGCGCAGGUUUUAUGGUCCUCAGCCCGUGCCCACCUAAAUCAGCACCAACAACUGCAAGAUGAAGUCAAGAUCUUCAGUGACUGGCUCCAGCAGCAUGUGCUCAAGCCAGAAACCGCAGACGCUGCUGUGGCUAGCACCGGAGAAGGUGAUACCAUCAUCGUCAUACCAGAUGUCAGUUUUCAUCAUUCAAAGAGUCAUAUUAUAGGGUUUUCUGGACGGAUGCUUGGUUUCGAGGAUAUGCUGUCAAGCAAGAUGGCGACGCCACAGCUUUCGGUACCUUUCACGCAAAUCCCAGGUAAACAGCUAGGCGAUGAGCAAACAUACACGCCCGUCGUCGCGUCUGUCAUCGGCCCGAAGAUGACAGACAAAUCCCUCAUAACCCUCAUCACCAAAGCCCUCACAGCCUCAGGCCUCCCCACAUCCGUCCAACCGGGGCCGUUAUGUUUCCCGCUUCCUGGUGACGCUGACGCUGACCCUGCCUCCGACGCUGCCUCCGACAUCGACCAUGACAACAACAACAACAACAACAACAAAACAACGACAAGAAGGAGACAGCAAAGGAGACAGCAGCCAAGAAGAAGAAGCUUCAUGCUAUGUGCAUGUCUUUGGAAGAAGAUUCAAUCCUCAAGACAGCAGAAGCAGAAGCAGAGGUGA